AUGGUGACGUUCUGUACCAACAAUGCACGUACACUUGCAUCCGAGUUUUCGAUAGAAGACUUGUUCAUGCAAGCAAGAAGGAUAAGGAACGACGUCAUCGGCCUGAUCGAGACGAGAAGACGCCAGUCUUUCAACGUCGUCCAUGACACCGGAGAAGAACUGUUCCUCGGACCAUGCGACAAUAGAGGAGUUGGCGGCGUCGGGCUUUUCGUCAACAGGAGUUUGUCCAUGAAUAUCGAUUCAUUCGAACAGCUUACAACCGGAAUCGGACGUUUACGAUUAAAAAAACGUGGAUUAAUACCGGCUUGGCUUUGGCAAUCUUCGUCGUUUACGCGCCAACAUCAAACUCUGACGAAGAAGAAGUCGAAGCGGUCUAUAUGGAUUUGGAGAAGUUCUACAGAGAAGACCACACAUUCUUUAAGGUCAUCAUUGGAGAUUUCAACGCCAAGACUGGACCAAGAAGAGCGUCUGAAGAACGUCACAUUGGAACCCACGAAUUAA